AUGGCAAGUUUCCCGCUCUUCGGGUUGAUCUCCUUGGCCGUCCUCUCCAACUUGGGCGCCGCGUUCUGCUUGUUCUCUUACUCAAAAGCUCUGGCAGAUGCCUCACUCCGUGCAUGGACGGGGACGCUCACCCUUUUGGGUCCAGCAUUUGCGACAGGUGGCAUUGUCGCCUGGGCACUCUUGAUGCCAGAUCUGGGAGAGAUCCCAACAUCUUGGGCGGCACUGGUUGGGCAACUUGCUCCGGGCCUUUCGUACAGCGAGACGCGCGACUUCCAGUUCGGAUGGACCUUCUUUGCAGCUUGCAUCAUAGACUUCUGCAUGAUUAUCACAGCUUUUUGCUGGAUGUGCAUGUUCAAGCGGAAUGAUGACGAAGAACUGGAAGUCGCAAAGCAGGCUGCUGCUGACCGGGCAUUCUGCGAUACGCUGGAGGAAGAGCGUGCCCUGGGCUUCACGAAAGCAUCCGAGUUUGCUCCCGGCUACGGCGCCACAGACGACUAG